AUGUCGCCUUCACCGCAGCUAGCUCCGCCAGGAAGCAGCUCUUAUGAUUCGAGCACAAUGCACGUUGGUGACGGCACGUGGGAUGCAGGAAGAGAUGAUUUUCUACUGCCCAAUCUUGUUGGGCUCAAUUUUGCGACAAUGAGAUACAACGGCAUGGGCAAUAGGUUCUUUACCAUGAACGGAUACCACUCCUUGGUUGAAGCUCAUGGCAUCAUUGCAGCAAUUACGUUCCUCGGAAUCGUUCCACUGGCCGUCUUCCUCGUCCGAUUCUAUGGCCGACAACCGCGUCUGGCUUUGCGCCUGCACAUUUGGCUUCAAAUCCUUACGCUGCUGCUGAGUACAGUGGUGUUCAUCUUGGGCUUCAUGGCAGUCGGGCCUAACAGAAGCUUAACAAAUCCGCAUCAUGGCAUAGGUGUGGCCAUCUACGUCCUGAUCUGGGUCCAGGCCAUUGGCGGAUGCUUGCUGCACAGAAAAGAGAAGCGACGGACAAGACUCCAUAUUCCUGUUAGGGCCAUGCUUCACCAUUGGUUUGGCCGGGCAAUUGCUCUUCUCGGCAUCGUGCAAAUUGUGCUUGGCCUGACAUUGUAUGGAUCACCACUGUAUCUUUUCGUUCUCUACACACUGUACGUGUUUGCGUUGCUUGUCUUGUAUUUUAUUCUGGAGUGGCUAGCGGAGCGAAGAAGAGCGCAGUAUGAUAGUGGCGGCAGCUAUUACAGCGAUGAAGUUUCCUCUAGGCCCCCUCGACACCAACACUCGGGCUUAGGAAAGCUCGCAUUAGCUGGGGCGGCGGGGGCUGGACUUGCCGCACUGUUCAGGAGACGAUCUUCCCGCCACCGGCAACAUCCGAGCGACACUGGUACAGAAGAAAGUACAACGUCCUACUACACUGACGAGAAAGAGUCUGAUCCUCGUCGCCAUGAAAAAGGCAUCGGACACCGCCUUCUUCAAGUCGCCGCAAUUGGAGGAGCUGUGGCUGCGGCCAAAAGAAUAUUUGGUCGCAACGAUCGCGAUGACGACGAUUCAGCUGCUGGCCCCUACAGACCCCCAAGACCAGCUCUUGGAGGCAACCAGUCCGUCACUACGGACUCAAUGUCGCGAGUUGAGGAAGGUCGGCCGCUAGGACGCCCUGUUACUCCUGUUGGAGCAAGCCCUGGAUAUGUCCGACCAACUCACCCCCUUGCCCAGCCUCCACUGACCCCGGGCUCAGGAAGACGUCAUUCUGACUCUUCCUUGUCGUAUGCUGACUCUUAUGCCUCGGCAUCACCGUCACGACGCGAUCGGAGGACGCACACCUUCCGAGAUGCGCUGGCUGCUGGAGGGGCGGUGUUCGCAGUGCGGCAACUGUUUAAGCGCAAACCGCGAAAUGAUGCUCGAAGGGUGGAGCAGGAAAGAAUCUCUCGAAUGAACGGAGCCCACGGCUACACGGGCGAUGGGGUCACACCCCCGCGAAGGGUUCGACAUCAUCAGAUGGGCAGUCAGUCUGCGUCGGACCUUACUAGCGCCCUCGGCAGUCGACCAGACGCAAGCGGAGCAUUGCCCGUGGCCGGUGCAGGUGCUGCGGUUGCAAGUGCUCUUGCCGAUCGGGACAGGAUCAGACCGGUAGGCACAGAUCCGAUAAUUCAUACUCCAGGGCCCCCGAGUGCUGUGCCUGUUGACGUACCACCUAUUCCGCCUCCGCACCUGGAUUCGUCCGGCAGUGAACUCUACACGACAGCAUCUGGCCGGCAAAGACACAGGCAUCAUAUAGGGGAUGAAGCAGCAGCGGGCGUGGCAGGCGCUGCUGUGGGAGCCGCCACGGCAGAGGUAUCCCGCAGAAGACAUAGCGGCAGGCACACAGACUCGAUGGAAUCUCCUCCAGUCAGCCUAAAUGUCAAGAUGCAUAGCGACGGACGCCACGUAACAUUGAGACGUUUGACGGAAGAAGAAGCAAUUGCCCAGCGUGAAGCUCGAAGAAAACAACGUGCAGCUUCUGCAGCAAGGAGACGCCGAAACUCCAGCUUCAGUAGUAGCGACGGCGAUGGGCUGGGAGCUGGAUCGAGCGGCGAUCGACGCUGGAGACGUACAGAAGCCAUGGAGGCGGAACAGGCUGCGCAGAACGAAGCUUCCGCCGCCGCCGCCGCUACAUCAAUGUAUCCCGAGCAUGUCGCGCCUCCAGCUUCUGGCACAGCACCUAUGUAUCCGACCCCGCCGCCACCAGGUACGCAAGGAGUCGAUCCUCACACAGGCCAGCCCUAUCAUGUACCUGCACCUCCUCCAAUACCAGGGUCUAUGAGUAAUUUAGGACCAGGAGGAAGUGCCAUCACGUCAGAGACCAGCGGUGCUACCGAAUAUGCCAAUAAUCGUCGCCGGAGGCGAGCAGAGAGAGCUCAGGCUCGUUUGGCGAGAGAAGGCAAGACCGGAAACACAGUCAAUUUUACCUGA